AAUCCCUAACGACUCAAACCAUUGCAAACCAGACGAACAGAAGCAACAACCAACGCAAGAAACUUAAAGUUUCAGUCUUACUAACUGCAAGAUGGGGCUGUGGUUUUCUAAAAUUUUGAAUGUGCUUUCUGAGCUUGGACAUAGCCAAGCAAGAAUUUUGCUUCUUGGAUUAGACGCUGCAGGAAAAACGACGAUUCUUUACAAGCUCAAGCUAAAUGAGACAGUCACUACCAUCCCAACGAUUGGUUUCAAUGUAGAGACCAUCACGCCAGUGAAAAACCUGACACUUACAGUAUGGGAUGUCGGUGGCCAAGAGAAGAUCAGACCUCUUUGGAGGCACUACUAUCAAGGGACAAAUGGUCUAAUAUUCGUGAUUGACAGCUCAGACAUCUCAAGAUUUGCUGAAGCAAAAGAAGAGUUCUAUGGAAUUAUCGAUCAACCUGAGUUUGCUGGAGUUCCUGUGCUUGUGUUUGCUAACAAACAAGAUCUUCCAAAUGCAAUGAAUGCAAGCCAAAUCAUGCACCAACUCGGACUUGUAACUCAUAAAAAGAAUCCAUGGCAUGUCCAGGAAACGUGUGCGCCAACAGGAGAUGGAUUAUAUGAAGGUUUGGAAAAACUUGUCAAGAUGGUCAAAGAAUUCAAGAAAAACUCUCCGCCGCAGAUGGGCUUUUAAGCAUAGACUAUCAUUGAACUUGAGCAGGGGCUUUGUUCAAAGUUGGUGCGCUUCACAUAAGCGCAAUAUUACCCAUUGGAAGUAUAUUCGAUUAUGAUACCAAAACUUUAAAUUUAUAGUAGCCAAGAAUUGUUGUCGUUGUUUUUUUUAAUGUUUUUACUUAUACAGUACGCACAAUGCGCUUGCCAGUGGAAUAAUAGGCACUGAUUGUAAAUAUGUCAUGCAAAAAUACGAGCUGCACACCAUUUUUCAUCAAUAAAAAUCAAAAACUAUG